GCCAGUGAUCUCUGAAGCCGACUCUGAGGCUCCCUCUUUGCUCUAACAGACAGCAGCGACUUUAGGCUGGAUACUAGUCAAAUUCUUACCUCGCUCUUUCACUGCUAGUAAGAUCAGAUUGCGUUUCUUUCAGUUACUCUUCAAUCGCCAGUUUCUUGAUCUGCUUCUAAAAGAAGAAGUAGAGAAGAUAAAUCCUGUCUUCAAUACCUGGAAGGAAAAACAAAAUAACCUCAACUCCGUUUUGAAAAAAACAUUCCAAGAACUUUCAUCAGAGAUUUUACUUGACAGGAAAGGCCAUGUGAGGACAUAGGGAGAAAGCAGCCACCACUGGCAAGCCAAGAGAGAGCCCUCACCAGGAAUGAUUGGACCAGCACCUUGAUCUUGGAUUUUCUAGCCUCCAGAACUAGAUGAUUUACACAAUGAAGAAAGUACAUGCACUUUGGGCUUCUGUAUGCCUGCUGCUUAAUCUUGCCCCUGCCCCUCUUAAUGCUGAUUCUGAGGAAGAUGAAGAACACACAAUUAUCACAGAUACGGAGUUGCCACCACUGAAACUUAUGCAUUCAUUUUGUGCAUUCAAGGCGGAUGAUGGCCCAUGUAAAGCAAUCAUGAAAAGAUUUUUCUUCAAUAUUUUCACUCGACAGUGCGAAGAAUUUAUAUAUGGGGGAUGUGAAGGAAAUCAGAAUCGAUUUGAAAGUCUGGAAGAGUGCAAAAAAAUGUGUACAAGAGAUAAUGCAAACAGGAUUAUAAAGACAACAUUGCAACAAGAAAAGCCAGAUUUCUGCUUUUUGGAAGAAGAUCCUGGAAUAUGUCGAGGUUAUAUUACCAGGUAUUUUUAUAACAAUCAGACAAAACAGUGUGAACGUUUCAAGUAUGGUGGAUGCCUGGGCAAUAUGAACAAUUUUGAGACAAUGGAAGAAUGCAAGAACAUUUGUGAAGAUGGUCCAAAUGGUUUCCAGGUGGAUAAUUAUGGAACCCAGAUCAAUGCUGUGAAUAACUCCCUGACUCCGCAAUCAACCAAGGUUCCCAGCCUUUUUGAAUUUCACGGUCCCUCAUGGUGUCUCACUCCAGCAGACAGAGGAUUGUGUCGUGCCAAUGUGAACAGAUUCUACUACAAUUCAGUAAUUGGGAAAUGCCGCCCAUUUAAAUACAGUGGAUGUGGGGGAAAUGAAAACAAUUUUACUUCCAAACAAGAAUGUCUGAGGGCAUGUAAAAAAGGUUUCAUCCAAAGAAUAUCAAAAGGAGGCCUAAUUAAAACCAAAAGAAAAAGAAAGAAGCAGAGAGUGAAAAUAGCAUAUGAAGAAAUUUUUGUUAAAAAUAUGUGAAUUUGUUAUAGCAAUAUAACAUUAAUUCUACUAAAUAUUUUAUAUGAAAUGUUUCACUAUGAUUUUCUAUUUUUCUUCUAAAAUGCUUUUAAUUAAUAUGUUCAUUAAAUUUUCUAUGCUUAUUGUACUUGUUAUCAACACAUUUGUAUCAGAGUUGCUUUUCUAAUCUUGUUAAAUUGCUUAUUCUAGGUCUGUAAUUUAUUAACUGGCUACUGGGAAAUUACUUAUUUUCUGGAUCUAUCUGUAUUUUCAUUUAACUACAAAUUAUCAUACUACCGGCUACAUCAAAUCAGUCCUUUGAUUCCAUUUGGUGACCAUCUGUUUGAGAAUAUGAUCAUGUAAAUGAUUAUCUCCUUUAUAGCCUGUAACCAGAUUAAGGAAUACAGCUCUUAAAAAAUCAAGAACUUCCUGAGUUUCACAUAUAAAAUGGUGACAAACACC